AUGGUCGACGAGGCUCAAGACGGUGGCCAGGGCGGAGAGGCGCUGAAAGGGACGACCACGGACGAGGAGAGCCCACCUUUCCGGCCCUCCGCCCAGGGCCACGACUACCCCUGCUCCUCCGACAACCCCUGCCCGGCACCAUACCACCCCUACAACUCCUUCCCUGCACACAACUAUUCCUACAUCCCCUCGCCUGCAGCCCCUCGGUCCCCCUCGCCUGCAGCCCCUCGGUCCCCCUCGCCUGCAGCCCCUCGGUCCCCCUCGCCUGCAGCCCCUCGGUCCCCCUCGCCUGCAGCCCCUCGGUCCCCCUCGCCUGCAGCCCCUCGGUCCCCCUCGCCUGCAGCCCCUCGGUCCCCCUCGCCUGCAGCCCCUCGGUCCCCCUCGCCUGCAGCCCCUCGGUCCCCCUCGCCUGCAGCCCCUGAGUCCCCGCCGCCUGCAGCCCCUGAGUCCCCGCCGCCUGCAGCCCCUGAGUCCCCGCCGCCUGCAGCCCCUGAGUCCCCGCCACCUGCACCCAUUGAGGCCCCGCGGCGGCCCCCGCGGCAUAAAUCGCCAGGACACGGCAGGCCGCGCCCGUCGGCCCUCUGGACGAGGCGCCCCAGCUACGUGGUGUGGUGA